CGAGAUGAAAGGCGGUGUUUAAGAGAGCAUGGUCUUGUUGUGCGAUGCGAUGAAAGGCCUGUACGGUGGCUCAGGGGAGUACCGUGACGCCUGGGGGCCUUUGACCUUAUCGAUGACCCAGAUCGGGCAAGUGGGCGUCUAUGUACACUCUCUUUGUGCACCAUACGUAAUCAAUGAAAGAGCGACAUGUGACGAGUGUGACGCAGCGUGUCUAAUGUCCAUUCGGUCGUGUACGUCAUGGUGAAUGCAUGGCUGUAUGCCUGGCAAAACGCGAAACGGGCGUGUUCGACGACGAUGUACGGCAGGUCGUCGCGUGUCUCUCAUCCGAGCAACUCGCUCUAUAUUUUUUCUCCGGGCCUGCGGACGUGCGCCGCCUGCACGGGUUCUUCUGCACCCUCCUCCAGUCUUCCUCGGUCUCAGUUUCCCCUUCGCGUAGCCGUGCUCGUUGAGGUUGUUCAUAGAGUUUCGUAGCGAUGAAACGCUCGUCCCUCGUCUCCUCCUCUUCGCGCACCUCCGGGAGAAGUAGACAUGCAUUGGACACCUUUUCAUGGAUAUUUCGCUCCAACUUGCCUCCUCGGCGCGGGAUACCACUUCCCUCCGUCCAGAAACGUAAUCUCUUUGGUUUCGGAGAGGUCCUUUCUGUUCUUGCAAAUCCGGGGGAGACCCUCCGUUCGCUAACCGAGGCCCGUCGAUCCCUCGAAGAAGCCCGGACCGAGAUCCGCGAAGCUCGCGAGCGGUCCCAGCUUCCCACCACACACACUUUCUCUCCCCUCCCUGCAUCCUUCUUCUUUCCCCGUCCAGCUGAGCUCGCCCUCCUAAGGAAAACGUUUGAGGGUCACCCCUCAUUCACCAUCCUUACUGGUGCCUCUUCUGUCGGCAAGACAGCGCUACUGAGAGAAGUGUUGAGCAAUGAAAGGUACCAUGUGUUGCACUUCGAUCUCAGGAUUGCUGGAUUUGCGGAUUUAGGAAGUCUUUAUGGGAGCUUGAGCCGGAGUAUGGAGGCAUACUUCGACGAGUUGGCGAAUACGCAGGGGUUUGAAGAGUUUAGGAAAGAAGCAUGGACAUUCAAGCAUGAUAGACUGAACGUCGAACGCUCGGAUUUGGAUUCGAUCAAGACAAGCGACAUCGCGCGUCUUAUGGAGCUCUUUCAAAGUGCCCUUCUACACUAUUGGCAAUUUAAACCUGCUCUCCCCCCUUCAUCCCAGGCCGAGUCUUCGCCUCCUCAGAACAACCAUUCUCGGAUCGGGAACUCGGUGCGGCGGAUUGGAACAUUCAAGAGGCGAGAACGAAAAGAAGGAACUGCAGAGGGGAGUGCGGAGUCGGAGGAGACAAAAGUUGCUCCUGGGAGCGCGAACGCAAAUCCCGAUGCGAACACGGCUGCACAAGAGGAGAGCGGGCAAAUAACUGAAAAGGUUGGUCCACCCGCCGAGCAGAAAUGCGAAACUCCAGUAAAUGGCGAAGAGAGUUCAGCAGGAGAGAAGAAGGAUUUACUCCCGAAGAAACGUAUACCCGUUAUUUUCUUCGACGAGGCACAUAAACUUCCUGCGCUUAUUCGCUCGACAGAGGCAAUGAAAUGCCUUCUUGACGCGAUGCUUGUGCUCACGAAGCAGGAUCGCCUUUGUCACGUCGUUCAUGCAACCAGUGAUGGCUUUUAUCAAACAUGGCUAAGAGGACUGAAUAUCAUGCAACAUUGCAAGAUAAUCUGCAUCGGGGAUUGCUCCAGACACGAGGCACAUACUUAUUUCUUCGAGAAACUCCUCCCUACUAUCCCUUCGCACCUCCUUCCUCCCUCAGAAGAAGAUAAGGAGGAGAUGUUUGAGAGGUUAUAUGCUGCGUUUGGUGGGAAGCUUGUUCACUGGUCUGACUUUGUAGAUGAUUGGGUUAAUGCCGAUGGAAACCUCCCGAUUGAGAGAAGCAGUCAUUUCCUGCAAGCAUACACGUUGCUUAACCUUCAGCUCCUCCACGCUACUGAGGCCGAGGAGGGGGCUGGGGGUGAUAAUGCGGAGGACCAGGAGCACCUCGAUCCACCUCGUGACCGGGUCCAUGAACGGUCAAGGUCAAAGUGGAGGCUAUCCAUAAGGGAUCGAGCUUUAAAGAGAAGUGGAAAGGGAUUUAAGAUUUACUCUCCAAUCACGGAGAGUAUGGGUGAAGAAGAAGCGAGGCCGGCGUUUACGGCGAUGCAGUUAUUGGAGGUUAUGCAUCGUCUGGCUCCUUCCUCCUCCCCCUCUACCUCUACAUCUGUUCCUCCAACUCAGACAUCGUAUCCUGAACGACCGAUAACCAUUGCAGACUCAGAGACAGGUGAACGGAAGGCUGAUGCUGGGCCCGGAAUGGGAUCGGCUGAGGAUAGGGCAGAAGGUGGAGGCGCUUCGUUGAGGUAUUUUGCAUUGUGCCGCGAGAUGGGUAUAAAGACUGUGGAUGAUAUGAUCCGUGCAAGAAUAUUGGAGCUGAGAUGGGCCGAGCCUGUCACGCAGGAAGGAUCUCCUUUGCCUCACUCGCUUCACGUCGAUUCAUCUGCUAUUCCACCUGGUGAACCAUCAUCAACGUUGCUUGCUGGGUCGUCUUCGAUGACGUUUCAUCCUUCCAAUCCCCCUCAUCACGUUACCGCUCCUGUCCAUAUGUCUCCGCCACCUCCUUCACCGCCGUUAUUCUACUCACCCGAUCAACCCGAUUCACAAGAACAAGAUCACGUACGGAUCGCUUCUCCCUCUCCUUCGCAUAAUCUCCUCCAUGCACAAUACCGCUCGCGCGCACGUUCGUAUGUAUGGGGAAAACAACGUGAGGAUCAUAUGGACGUGGAAUCGAAAGACGGCGUCGGGCUUGCUGACGGAUUGGGACCGACGCUUCACCCUACAACUCCAAUCGUUGCUUACGCUAUGCGAGCUGUGUUGGAUGAGUAUGGCUAUCCCCCUCCUGAGGUCAUUGAGGACGAUAUCCUUGAUGAUGAAGAGGUAGAAGAGGAGUCACUUGAAGGCGUUGAAGAUGUGGGUAGAGGAGCCGUAAAGACGGGCACGAGAGGACGGGAUGGGAGAAACAGCUAUGGGGGUGGGUAUGGAGGGAGAGAGUCGUCCGGAAUAGGCGACGAUACUUCCAGAUCGGAUUAUGUUUCGCUGUCUGAUGUGUCAGAGUAUUAGUCUUUGCAGUCAGACCGG